AUGGAGCGGGGGCAUCUGCUAGCUGGAUCCGCCGCUGUCUCCAGCCGCCCCCAGGCCGAGUCGCGUGAUGCCGCCGCCACGGACAGCUGGGCAAGUUUCUUGCAAUGCUACGACUCGCUUCUCGCGCGCGAAUUGGCCCAGGAACACCCUCAAUUUGUGCGCGCGCUGCGCCAACUGGAGCGAGAUUCGCGUCAGCAGCAGGAGCGGCAAAGCGCGCAGGUUCUGGCGACGCUGAGGCUCAAGGACGCGCGGAUCUCGGAGCUGCAGAGGCUCGUGAGCGAGCAGAGGGAGCAGCUGGACGUCGUGCUGGACGAACUGGAGCGGAGAGAGACGAAGGAGGACAAACAGGUGCAGGUGGACGACCGCCGGGACGUGGAGGACGCUAUAGUGCAGACGGAGACACUUGAGAGGACAUUUGUGGACGUUGAGAUGCAGACGGAGGGGCAGGACGAGGAGAAAAGGGUCCUCCCGCUGCUGCAGAAGCUGGAGAAGGAGCUCGAGGCCGUGGAGCAGAGGAAUGUGGCGCUGCAGAGGGAACUGCAGCGGAGAGCGAGGGUGACUGAGGAGGAGGAGGUUAAGUCAGACGAAGAUGAGCAGAUGGAGGCAUGCUUGGAGACGCUGCAGAAAGGCGUGGAGGCCAUGGACCUGUCGUGCAGCUGUGUGGAUACUCCGCUGGCAUUUUUCGUUGGUAUACCGCAAGAGGGAACUUUUGGGGGCUUGUCGAAGUGUGUGAAUCUGGAACACCGGCUUGAAGCACAAGCGGUGCGGCUGGAGCAUUUACAAGAGUGCUUGUAUCUGUGGCGUGACGCAGCUGUACAGUUGAUGAAGCGUCAAAAUGUGGGUGAUGAGGUGUCGAGAUCAGUUGUUCCGUCAGUAUCGCAGCCUGUAGCAGUUCGUUGUGCAGAGGGAGAAGAUGGUGUGAUCGAUUGCUCUGUAGCUCUUCGUGGCGCUUUAAGGCAGAUACGUGAGGACUACAACAGACGCAGUGGUAGACGGUAUGACGAUGAACAACGGGUCUUGAAAGACUUGGCACAAGUUCUGGCUCAAGGAAAGAAUGGAGUAAAAUCUGCUGCUAAGAUGGUCCAGAAGUGGGCUGGGUGGGAAGCUCGUCACCUCGAUGAGGUGCGAGCUCUGCGUCAAGGUGCAGCAGAAGAGCGAGCGGUGGCUGCUAGUAGCCGAGUGGUGCUUCUAAAGCGCAUUGAUCAGUUGGAGCAGCGGGAACUUGACCUGCAAGCGGCGCUGAACGCGCUUCGGAAAGAUAUGAAGGUCCAUGGUUCCAGAGGCCUACUAACAUCCAUGCCUGUGGAUAGCUGUGAAAGAGAGAGUUGUGGAGCAGACAACUGUGAAAGACCCCUGAAGUAUCCGCAGCUGAUGUUGAGGCUCGCUACAGCCGAGCAGAAUCUACUAGUAAAGGAUGAACAGUUGAGGGCGGCAAACGGAACCAUCAGAGCUCUCACGUCGUGUACCCCAGCGCCAAGCAGUGCUAACCGAGCCGCAGUGUUCUAUAGUGCGAAUGAUUCGGACUCCAUAGCGGUUGAAGCCCAGCGCUCAUUACAGCAGAAGCUUGAAUUCUUCCGAAAACGAGAAAAGGAUUUGGUGAAUCUUGGUCAGUACUUUGGAAUGGAAAAGGCGUGUCUCCAAUUGAAGUCACGGCUAGACGCUGAGCAGAAGCAUAUCGCCAUGUUACAAGCAGCGCAACAAGUUUGUGAACAGGAGCGGGAUGAACUUUUGAUGAAGGUGGAGAAGCUGGAGUCGGAGGCUGUGCUGGCGAAUAUCACAAGCGACUCCGACUGGUUGAAGACGACAACAAAAAUCUUCGUGACCGCCUUCGGCAAGCGCAACAGCAAACAGCUUUAA